AGUUAAACAUGAUUAGAAGUAACAAAGGUGUCCUCCCUCCCCCCUCUCUCACCCUAAAGAAAUACUCUAGAAAACCAAGCCAAGAGGAAAAAAAAAAGAAACAAAAAUUUUCUUCCUCCAUCCCUCCUCUUCUUCCCUCCAGCUGCAGGAGGUGGAGGAGAGGGAUCAAAGUCAGACUCACCCAAACCAGAAACCAAGGAAAGAGAGAAGAGAGAGAGUGUUUAGAGAGAGAGAGGGAGAGAACACUAUACAACCAACCAAAGUCAACGCCAAAGGAGCGAUUUUUUUUUUUGUGGUCUUACUCCGGGCACCGGCGGCGACCAUGUCCGCGCGACCGCCGCCGCCGCCGCGCCCGAGGCUGGCGCUGCCGCCGCGCUCGGCGGCGGAGUCGCUCUUCACGGGCGCCGGCGACGCCAGCCCGGGCCCGCUCACGCUCGCCUCCGCGCUGUUCCCGUCCGAGCCCGACGGCGGCGGCGGCGGCGGAGGCGUUACGUCCUCCUCCGCGUCCGGCGCCACGGGGGCCACGAGCUUCACGCAGCUCCUCAUCGGCAACCUCGCGCCUCCUCCUCCUCUUCCCCCGCAGCAGCAGCAGCAGCAGCGUGAGGCGCGGGGAGGGGUCGCGAGGGCCGGGCCGGCGCUGUCGGUGGCGCCGCCGCUGGCGGCGGGGGCGGCGUCCGUGUUCACCGUGCCCCCCGGGCUAAGCCCCUCCGGCCUUCUCGACUCCCCCGGGAUGCUCUUCUCGCCGGCCAUGGGGGGAUUUGGGAUGUCACAUCGGGAGGCUCUUGCCCAAGUCACAGCUCAAGCAACCCAUUCUCAACUCAGAAUGUUCAAUCACACUGAACAACCAUCAUUCUCAGCAGCUCCAACAUCAUCUGAAGCUAUGCAGCAUAUGAAUUCAGCAGUUAAUAUGGCAGGAGUUUCAGAUAUGGUGACGGGAGCAGCAAACAAUGAGAAUGCAGCCUUUCAAUCUGCUGAGGCGUCUCAGAGGUAUCAAGUCAAUGCCCCUGUGGACAAGCCUGCUGAUGAUGGCUAUAAUUGGCGGAAGUAUGGUCAGAAGGUGGUUAAAGGCAGUGAUUGCCCAAGAAGCUAUUACAAAUGUACUCACCCCAGUUGUCCAGUCAAGAAAAAGGUAGAGCAUGCAGAAGAUGGUCAGAUAUCUGAGAUCAUAUACAAAGGAAAACACAAUCACCAACGUCCACCUAACAAGCGGGCAAAAGAUGGCAGCUCUUCAGCAGCUGAUCAGAAUGAGCAAUCCAAUGAUACCACUUCUGGUCUGUCAGGUAUUAAGAGAGAUCAGGAUGCUAUGUAUGGAAUGUCUGAGCAAUUAUCCAGUUUAAGUGAUGGAGAUGAUAUGGAUGAUGGUGAAUCUAGGCCACAUGAAGCAGAUGAUAAAGAUAGUGACAGCAAAAAAAGGAAUAUACAAAUAUCUUCACAGAGGACUUCAGGGGAAGCUAAGAUUAUUGUUCAAACAACCAGCGAGGUUGAUCUUUUGGAUGAUGGUUAUAGAUGGCGCAAGUAUGGGCAGAAGGUGGUAAAAGGAAACCCUCAUCCAAGGAGUUACUACAAGUGCACCUAUGCUGGAUGCAAUGUUAGGAAGCACAUUGAGAGGGCUUCAUCGGACCCCAAGGCUGUCAUAACAACUUAUGAAGGAAAACAUAACCAUGAACCACCAGUUGGUAGAGGAAACAACCAGAAUGCGGGAAAUGCGGCCCCUUCAAGUAGUUCACAACAGAAUAUGCAGAAUUUGUCUAGUAAUCAAGCGUCACUUGCAAGGGGAAACUUCAACAAUAUUAACCAGAGGCCAAUUGGGGUCUUACAAUUCAAAAGCGAAGAGUAAUACUGUCCAAUUAACUUUCUUGGGUCCCUGAUAUGGCAAACUGGUAUUUGUUUGAUUUCUUCAGGCAAAUAUUGGAUGCCUGCAAUUCUUAUAGUCACUUCUCCAAACGUUCUUGAGGUUCCAUAAUACAACUGUUUCGUGUCUGCAAUUUUCCUACAGAUACAUAGAAUUCCUAAAACUCCACCUAGCCUUUCUAGCCUGUACAUGCUGUUAAGUUGAAGCAUACUCAAUGUAACAACAGCUAGGUGGAUGCUCUGUAUACACACGUAUGAUGUUGCAGAUGGAUGGGCCAUAUACAACUUUACUUUGUAAUUUGUUAUCCAGAAAAUUCCUGCAUUGUAAUAAUGUUGAAUAGAGAAGGGAAUGUACAGAUGCUUUUCAGUAUUUCUGUAUAUGUUUGUUGUAAUUUGUAGAAGAGUAAAUCUACAUAAGAAGGUAUACUAUGGAGAAUACAUUAAGAUUCUUUCUCAAACAUUGAUGCCAAAUUGCUUUGCUAUGUA